UGGACAUAGCAAAGCGUGUGUGGCGAGCUUGAGUUGGUCCUGCCGUGUCAAGGUCAAGCAAGCGAUGUAAGGUUUAUUGAGGCAGGAGGUCUCGCGACUGCCUGCGAUCAGACGACCGUUAAAUCGGGACUUUACCUCGACUUCCGCACUUGCCCUUGAGUCAACAACAAGUUGCACAAUAACGACUUGCGACAACCCGCAUCCGCCCGACUAUGCCUGUCAUCGCCACCAACCUCCAACAGGCAGCCGCCUUACUUAAAGGGAUGAGCGUUGCCGAGCUCUACACGCUACAGGAGCUUACUGCAAAAGAGCUGGAAGAGCAUUCAAGGCCAUUUCCUUUCCUCGCUCUUUCAGCCGAGCUGCGCAAUGAGAUCUACGACCUUGUCGCCGUCAGUCAAGUCUUCAGCAUAACUGACAUUGAACGUCAAGAGAACGGACUGGCCGUGGUCAACAAGCAGAUUUCAAGCGAGUACCUCAGUGUUCUGAACAGUAAAGAAAUGGUCCGCGCCAAGUACUUAAGAGAUGUCACUACAAUGGGAUGGGAGGACAUCGACGUACGCAAACUGCUCACAGCCCGAUCUAUUUUUGCACACGAAUUUCCUGAGGACCAGGACAUGUGGUUUCGCUCUUUCCACUCCUCCGGCUAUGCUAGUGCCGAGAAAAAGGUGGUUGAUAAGACCAGGCUUGACGAUGCACAUUUGGCGAAGAGCGGUGAUCCGGCUCAAUGCAGCUUCUGGGGCAUGCUCGAGAUAGCCGGUUCCAGUGAAGGGUACUUUGUCUUUGCGAUCAAGGUCAAGGAAAUCGACAAUUAUUGUCCAGACGCACAACAGAGGGACAAUGAUGAUGAGGUGUGAAGGCAGCAGGCACGAUGAAAAACGAGCUUGAGAGACGUUGAUAUCAUUCUGACCACGCUGGUGCUGAAAAGGCUUUCGUUAGCAUGACGAAGAGAGCGACGAAGAGCCGCAUGUGGAUUUUGGUGAUUCGUAUUUCUGGGAGCUCAGAGAUUGCGGGUGGUGGUGCGAGCUGCAGUAUCCUAGAAACCAAAGCCACGAGGUCGAUGAUUACAUUGAGCGAAGGCUGCUGACCUUCAUCUUGGCGCCGAACGAAUCCCAUGGGUCGUAAGCAUAUUGUACCUUUCUCGGUGGUCUCAGUCUGGUGGCCUCAAACUGGUGGUAGCGAGCGAAGUGUAAUGUAAGUUCAAGCAAACUGGCCUUUUGCGUCCCAAGCCGC